UGCAACGGUCCGUUCUUUCCUUUGAUAUUUUUGUAUAUGGGAAUGGGAUAAGGCACUGCCUGGAGUGACCCAUCUGUUCUUCAGAUAUUUCUCUCUCCAAAAUUAAGCUCUCUCCUCCCUUCCAUGGCGGCUCCUCUUUCUUCUUCUCUCGAUCUCAAUCUCAAACCCACGUUCUUCACUUCCCCUCUGCGGCGGAAGAAUUUCACCAAGCGAUUAACAGUUAUCUGUACUUCCUCCAAACCCCCUCGAAAAGCUUCUCCAAUUUCGUCAGAAUCAAUCGACAACAAAAACCCAUCUCUAUCAGAGCAGCUCAAAAAUCUCUCCACAACCACGCUUUCCAAUGCACCCAACGACGAAUCCCAUCUCUUAUCUAAGCCUAAAUCCACUUGGGUCAAUCCCACCAAGCCCAAACGCUCAGUUCUCUCUCUCCAGAGGCAAAAACGUUCUUCGUACUCUUAUAACCCCAAGAUGCGAGACCUCAAAUCCUUUGCCCACAAGCUCAAUGCCUGUGAUUCCUCUGAUGAAGCUGCUUUCAUGGCGGCUCUUGAAGAAAUCCCUCAUCCACCCACUAAAGAAAAUGCCCUUCUUGUUCUUAAUAGCUUGAGGCCAUGGCAGAAAACCCAUUUGUUCUUCAAUUGGAUCAAGACCCAGAAUCUGUUUCCUAUGGAGACUAUCUUCUACAAUGUGGCUAUGAAGUCUUUGAGGUAUGGUAGGCAGUUUCAGCUUGUUGAAGAUCUUGCUAAUGAGAUGAUUAGUACUGGGAUUGAGCUCGAUAACAUUACUUAUUCUACUAUUAUCACUUGUGCUAAAAAGUGUAGUAGGUUUGAUAAGGCAGUGGAGUGGUUUGAGAGAAUGUAUAAAACUGGUUUGAUGCCUGAUGAGGUUACUUACUCUGCUAUUUUAGAUGUUUAUGCAAAUUUAGGGAAAGUUGAGGAAGUUCUUAGUUUGUAUGAAAGAGGGAGAGCUAGUGGUUGGAAGCCUGAUCCUUUUACAUUUUCUGUGUUGGGGAAGAUGUUUGGAGAAGCAGGGGAUUAUGAUGGAAUUAUGUAUGUUUUGCAAGAAAUGAAGUCUAUUGAGGUGCAGCCUAAUCUUGUGGUGUAUAACACUUUGUUGGAUGCAAUGGGGAAGGCUGGGAAGCCUGGUUUUGCAAGAAGCUUGUUUGACGAAAUGGUUGAAUCGGGGAUAACACCGAAUGAGAAGACAUUGACUGCUCUGGUUAAAAUUUAUGGAAAGGCAAGGUGGGCUCGAGAUGCUUUAGAUUUGUGGGAGCGGAUGAGGUCCAAUGGGUGGCCAAUGGACUUCAUCUUGUAUAACACAUUGUUGAAUAUGUGUGCAGACCUUGGUUUGGAGGAGGAAGCAGAGAAACUCUUUGAAGAGAUGAAGAAGUCGGAGCAUUCUAGGCCAGAUAGUUGGAGCUACACGGCGAUGUUGAAUAUACAUGGCAGCGGAGGUAAUGUAAAAAGAUCCAUGGAGUUGUUUGAAGAAAUGCUCAAGUUGGGUGUUGAGAUUAACGUGAUGUGUUGCACUUGUCUGAUUCAGUGCUUGGGGAAAUCGGGGAGAAUCGAUGAACUAGUUCGAGUUUUCAAUGUUUCGGUACAAAAAGGAAUUAAGCCAGAUGAUAGGCUUUGUGGUUGCUUGUUGUCUGUUGUGUCCUUGUGUGACAAUAGUGAAGAUAUUAACAAGGUAUUCACUUGUUUACAACAAGCUGACCCUAAGUUAGUUGCCUUUGUAAAUCUUCUGCAACAAAAUGACAUUACCUUCGAAGUUGUCAAAAAUGAAUUCAGAAACAUUCUCGGCGAGACUGCCACUGAAGCUCGACGACCUUUCUGCAAUUGCUUGAUUGAUAUAUGUCGAAACCAAAAUCUUCGCGAGAGAGCUCAUGAAUUGCUGUACUUAGGAAGUUUAUAUGGAUUGUACCCAGGCCUACACAACAAAACUGAAGCUGAAUGGUGUCUGGAUGUUCGAUCUCUAUCAGUAGGCGCAGCUCAAACUGCACUUGAAGAAUGGAUGAUAACUCUAUCAAAAAUCGUACAACGAGAAGAAGCAUUACCUGAAUUGUUAUCAGCUCAAACCGGUGCAGGAACUCACAAAUUUUCUCAAGGACUAGCCAAUUCAUUUGCUUCUCAUGUAGAUAAACUCGCUGCUCCAUUUCAACUGCGAGAAGAUCGGGCUGGUUGGUUUGUAGCCACAAGGGAGGAUUUAGUUACAUGGGUGCAUUCAAGAGUACCAUCUGUAGCUGCCACAGCUUAACCUGCCAUGGAUUUGGCUUCUUUCUAAGCACCUUUCAUCACUAUUCACUACAAUGUAUGAGUUAAUGCUAAAUAUUGUACUUUUCAAAAGUAUAGAAUAGAGUUAUUUUUGCUUCAGAUUA